GUUUGAAAACAGCACGCGACGCGUUCAGAACGAGGAAACCAAUCGGACCGUGGAUACUGUAGUAAAAAAUAAAAAGAAAACACACACAUUAAAAGACUCUUCUUCGGAGACUCAAAGACUAGAAGACACUUUUUGUGGUCAAGGAUGAUCGAACCCUUGAGUGGCAGCGGUGAAGUGCAAGCAUAAACAAACAAACAAAUCUGUGGAGUUGUAUUCAGUUCUUUUUUGUUUUUGUGCCCCACAGUAAUAGUGGAUAUAAGGAAACCACAACCUAGACAGCUGCGAAGCGAACAAAUUUUCCUUCCUUGCCGCCGUAUAUAAAUAUAUGGUUCAUUAAAAGUGUGGCAGAACUUUGGCACUGGCGACAGGUAACGAGCGACGACCUGUGGCAAUGCUCGAGCAAAUUGUGCGGGUAAUUUCCAGCUCGGUUUAAUUUGGUCUAAGUCGCAGCCAAAUGGGCAUGCGCACCGUUGGCCGCCGCUGUCAUUCGAAAGUUGCCUCUGCGUGACACACAUUUCGGAGCAUUAGAAGCAUUCGACUGGCAGACAAGUUGGAGCUCUGCCCUGCCGCAUCUGCUGGGAGAUAUACGCAUCUGUAGAGGAGCAUAUACAUACGUGGGCAUACCCAAGGGGUACCUCGGCAACCUCAACAACCAGGGGACUCUGCGCGGGCCGGCCCAAGUCCAAAGUCGCCACUGUUGCAUUAUUCAUGCUCUGCGGCGGCAUCCACGUCCACUGCUACGCAACGGGAACGGGAUCGGGAUCGGGAACGGAAUCCACGAACGAAGAUGACGCUGCGCUUAGUCAGCAUUUUGUCGGCGGCAUUACUGCUCCUAUGGCCCGCACAGCUGGAUGCAUUUAUCACACCGAAUACAGGCUGCCAUCACAAUGGCACUUGGUUCGCGGACAAAUCGGUGGUGCCCAGCAUGGAGAAGUGUCUGAAUUGCCAGUGCAACCGUAGGACGCUAGUGUGUCGUCUGAAGGUGUGUCCCGAAAUGCCAAUGCCACCGCCCAGGGGCUGUGUGGUGGUCCAGAAGAAGAGCUCCUGCUGCCCGUAUCUUUCCUGCGCUAGACUGGAUGCGUUCUACAAGAUACCCACCAAGCGCCGCAUCAUCGCCUAUCUGGAUCACUACGAGAGGGAGUCCAUCGACCGGGUGGUCAACGAUAACAUGCUGCAGAGACGAUCCGAUGAUUCUGACACGGAUAUGUUUGUUUGUGUGAAGAAUGGCACUGUCUACAAGUCGGGAUCUGCCAUGUCAUCUUCAAACUUGUGCAGCUACUGCUAUUGCAUAGGUGGCACCGAGAAGUGUGUGAAGCCCAAGUGCAUGCUGCCCGUGGAGGGUUGCAAGCCCAUAUUUGUGGACUCCACCUGCUGUCCCGUGAGAUACGAUUGCAGCAGCAAGACGUCGGGCAAAUCCUCCCAAGAGGUGCGCUACAGGAAGACCUCGAACAAGCACUUUCUGCGCAUGUCCCAGCGCCUGCAGCGCAAUCGAGGCUGCACUGUAGGUGCCCAGUUCUACGCAGAGGGUCAGAAGAUGCGAUCGGAUGCGGACAGGCCCUGCGACAUAUGCUUCUGUAUCCGGGGCACCAGGCGAUGUGCUCCCAAGAAGUGCUCGCCGGCUCUGAAGAACUGCAUUCCGGUGGUGCCGAAGGGUCAGUGCUGUCCAUCGAGUUACGAUUGUGGCAGUCAGCGGGAUUAUCGUCGGUCGCACAACUCCCGGCAGUUUAAUCUGUAUAAUAUGCUGUUUGGCAAGGAGGAACCGGAGCAGCAGGAGACAGCCUUAAUACCCCAGAAUUCCAUGGCCGAGAGGUAUCCACACGAUCGUCAUCCCACGAGGGCAGCUCUGGGGAAUCCCCUGGAGGUCAGUAGCGAAAAGAGCAUUAUGGACACACUUCGCGAAGGCCUGGAGUUCAUAGAUGGCAAUAACAACAAAAUGUUGGCCAAUAACUUGGACCUUGUGGGCAUAAGAACCACCCAGUCACCGCCUCUGAUGAGAACGGAAUCCAGUGAGGAGGUGAGCAGUACUACGGCACUAAGCUUCCUGGACCUGCUCCUGGGUCCCAAUGCGGAAUCCACGAGCCACGAUGAACUACGGCAACCAGAAUCCACUACGCCCAAAAACACACUCUCCUGGAUGGAUAUACUCUUGGGACCGGAUGAAGAGGAGCUCGGCCCCAAAACAGAAGCCUAUUUGGAGACUAGUACCACUCUAAACCAACCAGAUGGGUUCAGUCCUUCAACGAACAGCAUAAAACGUAUUGCAGAAGACUUUGACGAGCAAUUGGACAAUGGAGAAAUGGCUGUGGGUGAACUGCCGGCGGAGGCCCAACAAAUUGGCAUCGCGAAUGCUGGAAUAUGGCCAACACCAGCUACGGAAGUAAUGCCCCCUCCAAAAGAGGAACCGAGUCUAUUCAAUGUCUUAAUUGAUGGCUUGUCUGGAAUACUCGAAGAACCACUCAAUCAAACCUCCAGCUCCACAAGUACCACAACUACCACUGAGAAACCAACCACUCUGCCUGCACCACCCAUGUUUCGACCAUUGCCAAGUGGCAAGCCCGUUCACACACGAAUCAACUCCAAGCUGGCAAACCUCACAGUGACACCGCCCAUGUUGGUGGUGACUAGCAAAUAUGGUCAGCCGGUGACCCAUCGGACGUCAAAUAAGAGGGUCAAUGCAACCACUAGUGCUACGAUAGCCAAAAGCACAGAAACACCAAGUACAAGCACCACCCAGCGAACCAAAGUAGAUGCCACCAUUAAAACCACAGCUAAGCCGAGUUCUACGGUGAAACCCAAGUCGAAGACCACUAGAAAAACCACUACUACUCCAAAACCUACAACUGCAAGACCUACAACUCCGAAACCUACUACUCCAAAACCUACUACUCCAAAACCUACAGCGCCAAAACCUUCCACAACAAAGCCCACUACUCCAAAGCCAACUUCUGCAAAACCCGCACCGCCACCGAAACCCCCAACUCAAAGACCCACAACUCCGAUACCUUCCACUGCGAAACCCACUACAACCACAAGCACCACCAGCACCACAACAAAAGCCAUCAUUCGCACCACCAGCAAGCCAAAAUUCAAGCCAAAACCCAAGCCCUAUGUUACUAGUACUCCGAAACCGCUGGUGAUCGAAACCAAUCCGAGUAUCCUGGAGGCUGAGCCACUGGACACCAAUGGUGAGCCCACACUGCCUCCCAGUCUGCCCAACCUGAAGAUUAUACCAUUCCUCCCAACCGAUGCUGUGGAUACGGCUCCCAAGGAGCAGUAUCCCACCAACUUCUAUCAGCAGAAGGUGGCUUCGGAUAAGAUGGACGUGGUUGGCUAUGAUACCAUGGAGGACACGGUGGCUCUAUACUCGCAGUCCCAGCCGGAUCAGGCUGCCUACAAGUACAAGUUCAACGUGGAAGUGCCAGCCGCGGAAGCUGCUCCAGAGCCAGUGGUUCAUGUGGGUGGGAAAUACGAAGGAAGUGCGGCCUACGUUAACUUCGACUUCGAAAGUCCUGUGGUGCCACCUCCUCACAGCGGAUUCUCGCCGCCCACCGAAACGGAGGGCGGAUUCAUGCCCAAGGAACCGCUGGUUAUCGAUGGCGAAGUCCUGCAGGAGCACGUCACCUCGAGUGGAAUCAGCGGCCCCCUUGAUAACUUCCAUGUGACACAGCACAUUAUCGACAUCACAGGUUCGGGAGCUCAUGAAAAUGAUACUGCUUCUAUAGAAAUCACCACUCCCGACCCCUUCAAAGAUGUCAUACACACAGAGCCGUCGCCCAAUCUCGAUGAACUAAUCGUUGACAAGGCGAACAAAAAGCCGAUUGAAGAGCACAUUGAGACCGUCACCUACAGUGUAAGCAAUUCAACAGCCUCCUCCCAAUCCUCACCUGCAACUGGCACAACCAGCACCUCCGGCACAUCCACAACAACGACAACGACAACGACAACGGAAAAGGAAGCCCCCGUGAUAGAUAAAUAUGAAAUCAAUAAAUUGGAUAAGCUCUUGGAUGAGCUGCUCGGUUUGGAGUUGUCCAAAGAGGAUGCGGCGAGCAGCACAGUGCCUGCAUUUAAGCAACUGCCUACGGCAGCGCCAACGACGGCAAAGUCAACAGCAGCAACAGCAACUGCAGCAACAGCAACAGCAGCAACAGCAACAGCAACAGCAACUGCAUCAAGCACGGCAGCAACAUCAACAACAGGUCGACCAACAGUGAUGACACGUGCUCCGGCCAAAAAGGGAAACGGCAAGACGAAAAACAAACAGACCACCGGCAAUAGACGCAAAGUCCAGAGUGGCACGCGACGCCAAAGUACACCGGCAACCACUCGAUCCCCGCCAGCAGCGACAUCAGCGGCAUCAGCGACAUCAGCGGCAUCAACAGCGUCAACAGCCGCGGGGCAGGCCACAACAACGGGCAGCACUCUGCAUCCAUUUUUAAACUCACCGUUCGACAAAUUACCCUUCAUGGACGCCAGCUAUGAGGUAAAACCGCACAGAUUGCAACCACAGCAGCAGCAGCAGCAGCAACAUGAGCAGCCACCGCAGCAGCAAUUCCACCAUUACCAACAUGCAACACGACCGUCGACAGCAGCCCCACCAGCUGCACCAUCCUCCCCGGAGGAUGUGCCCCAGGAUGCGGGUUCGGGUUCGGGUUCCAGUUCGGGCGGAGUGGGCGGACUUCCGGGUGGCGAUGAUCCGCUCGGCCAGCUGAAGCUGGCGGGCUGCAACAUAUACGGACGCAUGUAUCGGGUGGGUCGCAUUAUCGUGGAGUUAUCCAGCCAGUGCCUGGAAUGCAAGUGCACCGAGGUGGGCGUCAAGUGCGGCCCAUUAGACUGUUAAUUUAGAUAUUCCCCCAUGAUUGUAGUCCCCAUGAAGUCUGUAGAGGUUAAGUGUCAGUUUGUAGCAGUAGCUUUUAGUUCGCAUGCUAAUCCCUAGCUGUAUCGUACUACAGGGUAGCUUAGGCCUCCUCCACACCCUAAGUUGUAUUAUAGAAAAGAGAUCACAUUCACAUAUUUAAGAUAGAUACUUAGCAUGGCAUUUAUAACAUACACAUAAUUAUUAGGCUAUAAAUAGAUAAGUACACGAAAUAUAUUUAAUAAAAUGAACAAAUUAAUCAACAAAA